AUGGAUUCACACUACCCAGCACAUAAACACGCAAUAAACGUACUCAAUAAUCUCAUCCCUCUACUCUCAAAACAACACAGGUGCAAGCCCCAACUCCUCCUCCUGCGGUCAAAACCUGUCACAUACAGAGACGACACAGACCGCGAACUACCCUAUAGGCAGGAAUCAAAUUUCUACUAUCUAUCAGGCUGUCUAGUGCCUGAUUCAACGUUGGUCGUAUCCUACACUCCUCCCAACGCAACCCCGAACGCAAAUGCAAAUGCAGAGGGAGAGGAAGAGGUGGACGUGGGGGUGCACCCAGAUAGCGUACAGACAACCCUCUUCAUCCCACCCGAGGACCCAAUCGAAGUACUCUGGUCCCCCGCACCUCCCUCUCUAGCCGAAACAGUCCUCUCCCAUCAAGUGACGUCCGUCCUCCCCACUCCUUCCCUCCCUGCCCAGCUCUUCACGCUGCUUCAGUCCAGUCCUGUCCUGCACCUCUUGCCCGAGAGCUCUUUCCCGCUUUUGCCAGGCUCGAUCAGUGGACUGGUGAAGGAGUAUAAGGGUGAGGGGACAAGGAGGGACUGCUUACUCCCGGCGCUGCAUCUUGCGAGGCUUAUAAAGGAUGAGCACGAGAUCGAGCUCAUAAGACGGGCUAAUGCGAUCUCUAGCCGAGCGCAUGAACUCGUUAUGCGUCUCUUGGGGGAGCAUGCGCACCGGGCACGCACGCGCACGCGCACGCGGGAAGGGGAGGGGGAGGAGGGGGAAGGGGGGAAAGUGGAGAUGCCGGGAGAAUGGAGGAUCGAGAGUGAGCAAGAGGCUGAAGCUGUGUUUGUAGCUGCUUGUCGGAGGGAGGGAGCAAAACAUCAAGCUUACCUACCGAUCGUCGCCUCCUCCACCAGAGCCUCAACCCUCCACUACUGCUGUAACGACAAGUCCUUUGCCUGGGGUCCGCUUCCCUCUCCCUCCCACCCUCACUCUCACUCUCACUCGGCGCUAGGGGGACUGGGAAGUCUCCUACAUGGGGACGGGAACGGGAACGGGAAGGAGGAAGGACUCCAAGCCCAGGUGUUGCUCAUCGAUGCUGGCUGUGAAUGGGACUGUUACGCAAGUGACAUAACGCGUGUUACGCCCAUCGGGAACAACGGCCAUUUCUCCCCUCAAGCAAGGGACAUCUACCUCACAGUCCUUCACAUGCAAACCACUGCUAUCUCCCUCCUCCGUCCAGGCUUGCACUGGGACGUGGUCCAGCUCUCCAUGCACCGGAUCCUAGUCCAGUCGUUCCUCAAGCUAGGGAUAUUUAGGGGGGAGGAAGAUGAGGUGCUGAAGUCUGGAGUGAGCGCCGCUUUCUUUCCGCAUGGGGUGGGCCAUUCUUUGGGGUUGGACGUGCAUGAUGUCCCUUCUGCGAGUAAGCCUGAGAGGCCGGAGGGGGACAGGCCCGGGGAGAAGGGGGAAGGGGAGAAAGGGGGGGAGGGGGGGGAGAACCCAGAGUUUUAUACUUGGUUAAGGUUGAGACUGCCUUUGAGAAAGGGGAUGG